ACGCGCUCUCGCUCUAAGGAGCCGCAGUCUCGAGAGCGCGAGGGUGGUGUUUCGGUAAUCUCUGGCAAGCCUCUCCCGCGAACCCCGCGCCGUUGGACUGCACCCUGGGAGGGGCUGACCGCCGGGUACAGGGGAGAACCACGAUGCCGAUCAAUAAAUCAGAGAAGCCGGAAAGCUGUGAUAAUGUGAAGGUGGUGGUUAGGUGUCGGCCCCUCAAUGAGAGAGAGAAGUCCAUGUGCUACAGACAGGCUGUCAGUGUGGAUGAGAUGAGGGGAACUAUCACUGUACACAAGACUGAUUCUUCCAAUGAACCUCCAAAGACAUUUACUUUUGAUACUGUUUUUGGACCAGAGAGUAAACAGCUUGAUGUUUAUAACUUAACUGCAAGACCUAUUAUUGACUCUGUUCUUGAAGGCUACAAUGGGACAAUUUUUGCAUAUGGACAAACUGGUACAGGCAAAACGUUUACCAUGGAAGGUGUUCGAGCUGUUCCUGAACUUAGAGGAAUCAUUCCAAAUUCAUUCGCUCACAUAUUUGGUCAUAUUGCAAAAGCAGAGGGUGAUACAAGAUUUUUGGUUCGAGUGUCCUAUUUGGAAAUAUAUAAUGAAGAAGUUCGUGACCUUUUGGGCAAGGAUCAGACACAGAGGUUAGAGGUUAAAGAAAGACCUGAUGUGGGAGUUUAUAUCAAAGAUUUAUCAGCUUACGUGGUAAAUAAUGCUGAUGAUAUGGAUAGAAUUAUGACACUAGGCCACAAAAAUCGUUCUGUUGGUGCAACUAACAUGAAUGAACAUAGUUCUCGCUCCCAUGCCAUCUUUACGAUUACUAUAGAAUGCAGCGAGAAAGGUGUCGAUGGCAACAUGCACGUCAGGAUGGGGAAGCUCCACCUUGUAGAUCUUGCUGGGUCAGAAAGACAAGCAAAAACUGGAGCUACUGGACAGCGCCUGAAGGAAGCUACAAAAAUCAACCUUUCACUUUCCACCCUUGGCAAUGUAAUUUCUGCCUUGGUUGAUGGAAAAAGCACUCAUGUGCCUUAUCGUAACUCUAAAUUGACGCGUCUUCUUCAGGAUUCCUUGGGAGGAAAUUCAAAAACCAUGAUGUGUGCAAAUAUUGGGCCAGCAGAUUACAAUUAUGAUGAAACUAUCAGUACAUUACGGUAUGCUAACCGUGCUAAGAAUAUUAAAAAUAAAGCUAGAAUUAAUGAAGAUCCAAAGGAUGCUUUGCUUCGUCAAUUUCAGAAAGAAAUAGAAGAACUGAAGAAAAAGCUUGAAGAAGGGGAAGAAAUAUCAGGCUCUGAUAUCAGUGGGUCAGAGGAGGAUGACGAUGAAGACGGUGAAAUUGGAGAAGAUGGAGAGAAAAGGAAAAAAAGGAGGGGCAGUAGCAGCAGCAGUAGCUCAGACUCCACAUGUUCUGUCAUAGAGAAACCUCUGGAUAAGUUCUUGCCUAAUCAAGCAGGUAAAAAGAAAGUUUCCCCUGAUAAGAUGGUUGAAAUGCAAGCAAAAAUUGAUGAGGAGAGAAAAGCACUUGAAACAAAGCUCGACAUGGAAGAAGAGGAAAGAAACAAGGCUAGAGCUGAAUUAGAGAAACGGGAAAAAGAUCUUCUUAAGGCCCAACAGGAGCAUCAGUCUUUGCUAGAGAAAUUAUCUGCUCUGGAGAAGAAGGUGAUUGUUGGGGGUGUUGAUUUGCUGGCAAAAGCCGAGGAACAAGAGAAACUCCUUGAAGAAUCUAAUAUGGAACUGGAAGAAAGGAGGAAGAGAGCUGAGCAACUCCGCAGAGAACUCGAGGAAAAAGAGCAAGAACGCUUGGAUAUUGAAGAAAAAUAUACCAGUUUGCAAGAGGAAGCACAGGGAAAGACCAAGAAAUUAAAGAAAGUUUGGACUAUGCUGAUGGCUGCAAAGUCAGAGAUGGCUGAUCUCCAACAGGAACACCAGAGGGAAAUUGAAGGCCUGCUGGAGAACAUUCGACAACUUAGCAGGGAGCUACGACUUCAGAUGCUCAUUAUCGAUAACUUUAUACCUCAGGAUUAUCAGGAAAUGAUUGAAAACUAUGUCCAUUGGAAUGAAGACAUAGGAGAGUGGCAGCUAAAAUGUGUUGCCUACACAGGAAAUAACAUGAGGAAGCAGACUCCAGUUCCUGAUAAAAAAGAGAAAGAUCCCUUUGAAGUGGACCUUUCCCACGUGUAUCUUGCCUAUACUGAGGAGAGCCUGCGGCAGUCCUUGAUGAAAUUGGAGAGGCCACGGACUUCAAAGGGAAAAGCAAGGCCAAAGACAGGGAGAAGAAAGCGUUCUGCAAAGCCUGAAACGGUAAUUGACUCUUUACUUCAGUGAAUGGUACAGACUGAAAAUCUCAAUAAAAAUCAGUGAUACUCUCAUGCCUGGACAAAAUCUUUAACUAAAACACUGAAGACUUCUGUGUAAUUUCAAAUAAUGGAAGCUGUAAAUCAUGGAGUUAGACUGGAAUAAUUUGUCUAAUAACUGUUAGUCUAUAUAUAUGAAGUUAAUAUAACAUAUUAAAAUUGCACAUCUGGUAGUUGUUCAGACUGUUGUAUUACUCUUCAGUUUAUACUAUGCAGGGAAGUUGGGGGAGCAGCUCAUACUAUAGAGAGUUGCAGUUUAAAUGUAUACAUAAGUCUGCUAGUAAUUUACUCAACUUACUGUGUAUUUAGAUAACUGGAUAUUCAAAAUAGAAAUGUAUGUCCUGUUUUGCACACAGACAGUAGCAGUUCUAAUUGCCCGAUGCUGGGCUGUUAUAUACGCAUGUAUGGGCUAUAAAACGCAGAAAUGAUUCAAUCAUAACCCCGCUCGGCCUGUUUAAAUAUGUACUAAUUUUUAUACUAUCAGUCAUAACAUUUUAAGUAUUAGAUGACUGAUCUUACUGAUCUGUAGAAAAUUUGUAAUUUGGCAGUCAUUCUUUAGAAGUAUACAAGUUUAACAAAAGUUGAAAAUAUGUUUCAUCUGGAUCUCUCUUGACCUUUUUUGCCACUUUGAGUUCAAGUCAAAUAUACUUUUUUGUUCUGGUUUCAUGUUCUCCUGAAACAUUGAAUUUGUACCUAAACAUAAAGGAGUCACAGUAGCAGAAAAUUGAGAAGCUAAACACUGGUCACUAAUCUUUACACAUAUGUGUAUAUUUUUAAAAUUCACUUUGAAGUGUGAUUAAUGGAUGCUUUCCUUUGAGUUCUAAAUUUUGAUGGGAAUUGCUCUGUAUCUCCCAAUUGAGAAAGGUCUCCAUUUUUCAGAUACAACCAAAGCAAGAAAAAUAUCUUUUAAUCCUUUACCUUUAAAACACUUGUUUUGUUUUUCUUCAUAUUUUAUUUAAAAAGUAUUCUUCCCUGAAUUUCUUGCAUUGACCCAGUUAGACCAUAUUCCUCUAAAAAUAAAAAACAUUUUUAUUUUAUAGUAAAAUAAGUUGUAAUAGAAUUGUAUUUUCUUUUGUUGGCUGCUUACAAAAUUUGAUUUUUUUUAGCAUUAUGCUAUACCUAUACCACUUAAUGUGUCUUUUAUGAAUUGUAAAAUUAUGUAAUCAGCCCUGAAACAUUGAUUGCAAGUUUUGAGACUUCAUAAAUUAGUAUUUAUGAAAUUAACAUUAUUUUAAGGAGUUUGGUUAAAUAUUGGUUUAUAAUUACAAAGCUGUGUAUAGAGAGGGGGUGAGUGAAGGUGGUGUACUUGUGCAGUGGUUGUAAAAAUGUGUCCAUAAACUUAAAGUACACUCCAAAGGGGUGUACUAAAUGUCCUGUGUAUGGUGCGUAUUUUCUAGGUAAUAAGAAUUGCAUUUCACUGGCAGCAUUUUCUUUGUAUAACUUUACUCUGUGGGGCAUUAUUUAUGUACUUUGAAGACUUAAGGUGAAUUUGUGUUUGUAAAUGCUUUGUGUCGGCAAAAUAUCUCAGCAAUUACAGAUGCACAUUUAACUCUGUUAGUAAUUACUCUAGAGAGAUCUUAAUUUUACCAGUAGAAAGAAAAGAUGAAUACUUCUUUUUAAAAGUCUGCAUUUCUAGCCUUUAACCAUGCAGUUAAUAAGAAAGGAGUAACUUUUGCAUUAAGCUCUAAAACAGUAUAGAAAAUUUAAGCCAGUAUGUUAGAUUUUUUCUGUUCCAUUCAACUGUAGUAACAAGCAACCUAUAAAAAAAGCAUUGAGAAAUUGAAAAAACAGGCUGCUUCAGCAGGGAUUUUUUUUUUUAAGCAUUUAUGUUAGAACUGAUUAUACCGGAUGGAUAAUAAAUAUUCAUCUUGUGAAAUACCAAAAUUAGAUAUUUGAUACAGGCCUGAAUAAUCCAGGUGAAAAUAUGGACACUGACUUCAGAGCUAUUCAUUUACCUCCAAUCAUAGCAGUUUCUUCACAUUUAUUGUGCCUUUGUGCACAAGUGAAAUAUUUUGUAACUUCAGUAUUUAUUUCAUGAAAGGAUAUAGAUGAACAAACAUGCUCAUUAUAUGAAAUCGGAAGGUUUAAAAUGAGUGUCACAUAUAAGUAGUUUUUUUUUUAAAAAAAUAGGUUUUUGAAUGGGUAUUUUCUCUUUAAUUUAAAAUAGUAAUAUUUAUUUAUUAAAAGGAGCCUUGGUAGAAUGUUGUUUGUGGUAUGUUCUUUAAUAAACCCCCUGUAAUUAAAUAUACUAAUAUUCAGGUUAUUAAAACAGAAUAGUAUUCUCCAUUUUUGUUUAGGUUCUUGUAAAGUGUAAGAUUAAUCAAAGGGGGGAGGGUCUGUCUCUGUGUGUUUAUCCCACAAGUGGAAUCCGUUGACAAGCUGUGUGAUCUACUUUUCUAGGAAAAGGGGACCUUUUUUUUGCAGCAAGAAAUUUAAGGUUACUUUGGGGGUGGUGCCACUUUGUAACAUGUUUUUUAAAUUAUGAUUAUGGUUUUGGGGUUGUAUUUUUUUGUGUUGUUUCUUUUUAGUCUUUUAAGUUUUUUCCUUAACUCUUAUCUUAAGGAAGGUCCUUCUCUUCCCUGCGGGGCUGUGAAUUAAGGAAUGGGUAGGGUUUACACUUAAGGACGCCAGUGUCUGCCCAUUUCUUACUGUAUACAUUUCUCUUCCUUUUUAGUUAUUCUUUGUUCUGAAAAUGCUAGAAGAAAACAUAGAUCUUCCUAGUGCCUUUGAACUUACACUGUAGUCUAAAUCAUUAACAACUUCAAUAGCAUUAGUACAAUACUGUAUACUGGCCAAAAUUACAAAUUAUACAGUGAGUUUGUUGCAUUAAUUUCAAAAGCCACACUUCCAUUGUAUUUUAUGUAUAAAUUGUAUUUGUUCAAGUUGUACAUAUUGAUCUUGUGUAUACACGUGCAGCAUGGUUAAAUAAAAAAUAAAAAUGUUUACCUAA